AUGAUGGCUUACGAAAGACUUCCAGAAGAUGGUUCACCAAGGCAUGGUCAAGAAAAUUCCCCUUUGCUUCGGUCGCCAUCCGCUGCCGGACAGCCUCCAGAUAAACGUUAUGGAGUGUUCUUGAUAUUUGGAUUUCUUGGCCUAGCAUCACUUUUACCAUGGAAUUUUUUCAUUACAGCUAAGAAGUACUUUGACUACAAAUUUCGUAACACGAGUCUUCCUGUUGAUGCUGUUGCUGGAGAUGAGUCUAUAACAACCAUGCAGCAGGAGUUUGAGAGUUACCUGUCCAUUGUCUCAAAUGUGUCUAACCUGCUGUUCAUGAUUGCCACUGUUCUCUUAGUUCAAAGCAUUUCUGUGAAAGUGAGGAUUGUUGUGUCUACAGUGCUGAUUACUGUGAUAUUUAUUGUAACCACAGCCCUAGUUGAGGUAGAUACAGACUCAUGGCAGGAUACAUUCUUCAUUGUUACUCUUGUGAUUGCCACAGUUAUGAGCGGAUUACAGUCUGUUUUAACUGGAUCAGUGCUGGGUCUAUCCACAAUAUUUCCACCCAUGUAUUCACAGUCAGCAAUGAUUGGACAGGCAGCAGGAGGCACAUUCUCCGCUGUGGUGAACAUCCUGACACUGGCUGGUGGGGGAGAUGCUGUCAGUAGUGCUCUAGUAUACUUCCUGAUUGCUGCAGUCAUCAUAGUGCUGUCACUGAUUUCUUAUGUGUGCUUGCAUUUUAUGGAUUUUUCAAGAUUUUAUAUGGUGACUCAGGGAAGCAGUGUACAAGAAAUAAAUGAAGAUAUCUCUUUAAAUCUAAAUGGUGUGAAUAAAGUAGAAUAUUUUGUCUCAAUUAUUAAAAAGGUAUGGAUGUACAGUAUAAGCGUCUGCCUAGUGUUUACAGUGACUCUGUCAGUGUUCCCUGCCAUCUGUUCUCUCAUUAAAUCAAGCAGUGAUGACAGUAAUGCAUGGACAAGAACAUACUUCACUCCAGUGGUGUGUUUUCUGCUGUUUAAUGUUGGGGAUUUCAUUGGAAGGCUGAGCACAUUUAUUGUGAAAUAUCCAGGAAGUCAUAGACCAGCCCUGCUGCUGUUUUUCUGUGUACUGCGUAUUGGAUUUAUUCCGUUACUUAUGCUGUGCAAUGUCCAACCACGACAUUUGACCUUUGUUCUGGACAACGAUGCAUAUCCUAUUGUGCUUAUUACCUUAUUGGGCCUGACCAAUGGUUACCUGGGAACUUUAUGCAUGUCGUUUGGACCAAUUGGUGUACGUGAUGAGCAUCUGGAAGGAGCCGGGAUGAUGUUGGCACUGGCAAUGACUAUAGGAUUAGCUGCAGGCUCAGGCUUGUCUAUGUUGUUUGUCAAAAUUGUCUAG